CCGGAGCACGUGUAACCGGCACCGCUGGAAAAAUCGAGCUGAAACCGGUUCUUGGCCGUUUUUCUGCAGGCUGAGCAAAGAGGACGCAUGAGUUACGCAAACAACGUACAACUUUAUCGCGCAAGCGUAACUCCAAACUAUGUGCUGUGCCCACGGUCUCCGCGCAGGAGUGUGAUAUUGAAAACUGUUGUGUAACGUACGCCUGCGGUUUUACCUCUACUUCAAUAAACAUCGAUUGCUUGAAACGAAAAUACGCAAUUUUUUUGGAGAUACCGGAAAACGGAACAACUGUGUGUAAGUUUGUCCGCGCUCUAUGUACAGUUGACAGCUGUGCGUAAAGUGACAGAAAGAGCGAGAAUCAUGAUGAAGAUCAGUCGUCGUUCACUCUUCCUCUUCGGUCCUUAAAAGAUAGUCUGGAAUCAAAGCUUUGACGACUAACACAUCACAACGGCCAUAGAAGAGGUAAAAGGGAGGGAGUUGAGCUCUUCCUCUGUACAAACUUCAUCAUCCUCUCCAUCUGCAAUGGAGAUUGCCCUGGCUCAUCCUGCCCUGAAGGCCUUCAUGUGCGGCUCUCUCAGCGGCACCUGCUCCACUCUGCUGUUCCAGCCGUUGGAUCUGGUGAAGACCAGAUUGCAGACCCUGCAGAACAACAUGCACCCAGGUGCUCCUAAAGUGGGGAUGAUUACAGUCUUUUUCAACGUGAUCCGCACAGAGAAGCUGCUUGGCCUGUGGAAGGGGGUUUCACCGUCAUUCAUGCGCUGUAUCCCUGGUGUAGGGAUCUACUUCAGCACAUUUUACUCGCUGAAGCAGCACUUCUUCCAAGAUAGGUCUCCGAGCGCUGGGGAGGCGGUGUUGCUAGGGGCAGGGGCUCGUUGUGUGGCAGGCGUGGCCAUGCUGCCCAUCACAGUCAUUAAGACUCGUUUUGAGAGCGGGCGGUACAAUUACAUAAGCGUAGCUGGAGCCCUUAAAAGUGUGUGUCAGAAUGAAGGUCCCAGGGCUCUUUACUCCGGACUCACAGCGACUCUGCUCAGAGACGCCCCGUUCUCUGGCAUCUAUGUCAUGUUCUAUAGCCAGGCCAAAAAGGCUUUGCCACAGGAGAUCAGCUCGUCCUCCUUUGUCCCACUGGUUAAUUUUGGUUGUGGUGUGGUGGCUGGUAUUUUGGCCUCUCUAGCCACUCAGCCAGCAGAUGUGAUCAAAACCCACAUGCAAGUGAGCCCAGCGUUGUAUCCCAAGACCAGCGAUGCUGUACGCCACGUUUAUGCGAAGCAUGGCUUGAGCGGGUUCUUUCGAGGAGCGGUUCCUCGUUCUCUGAGGAGAACCCUCAUGGCGGCCAUGGCCUGGACCGUGUACGAGCAACUGAUGGCACACAUGGGACUGAAGUCCUAAAGACACCCGACGCACUUUAUGUUUUUGUCCGUUGCAGGAGUGUGUGUUUUCGGAUGUUGGUGAAAAGAUGGCGUUCAAUUAUCCUUGAAGGCUUGAUCAAAACAAAAGCAGCUAGUGUUGGCUGAGGUACCGGUAAAUGUAGGGUUGUAUGUGUGUGUGUAUUUGUGUGUUAGUGUUUUCAGGUGCAGUGAGUCAUUACCCCGUGACACCUCUUCUGACAGUGACAUUCCUAAAUUGCCACAUUGUGAGUUUGUCUGCCUUGUUGAUGCCUGCAUAUUGAGACAGGGGUCUGCACUGAAGAAUACCAAUGAGAGACUGCUGAAUCAUGUGCCGUCAGCUCACAAGAAAACACUCCUUUCACAGGAAGAAAAUCCCCCUUUUGGCAACUAACCUUAGAAUACCACAUGUCUCAGUGUCAUUGAAAAGUGCCCACCUUUGCAGGGUUCUCAGAAACCCACAACUCCGUGGACUCCAGUGUCUGAGAUAGUUCUUAAGCCUGGUCCUCUGAGUUAAAUCCUUUUUAGUGGAGGAUGAGGCUUAGUGGGUGUCUAAGACUGGUCUUACAAAGACAUGUUGACAUAAUACUCCAGCGCUCCGACAAUCAGACCGAAUUACUCCAGGGCUGAGACACCUGAACUGAUAACACAUGACUGUCUCACCAACAUACUCCUUUCCGACUAUAAUUGCGUGUCUCUAUGCGAUGAUUUGUGCUGUUCUACUGAUUUCUUGUGCUGUAUGACUGGAUGGAUUUAUCAGUGCAUUUCAGUACACUGGGUUUUUUGUUUUUUUUUCUUGAAAGCUCACUCCUGGGCACAGACAAAGCUAGCAUUUGGAUUGAAUGAGACUUUGUAAGAUUUAAACCCGAAGAAACAUUUAAUAUUUAUUAAAGAAACAGGGGAGAACAAGAGUUAUAGUUCCUGAGAAAACAAUAUUUGAAGUGAGAAAUACUUAAACAAUACUUAAUUUAUCGUAAUUGCAAAUGUGUUGUCGGAUCAUUUUGAUUGACAUUUUGUCGUGUUGACGUUGUGUGUAAAACCACUGCAAGACGCCAUAGUGUGGUGCUCGGUGUGAACACAACAGUGUAAUGCUAAUUCUACAUGAAUCAAUUUUAGGAAGUCUGCCAAAAACAUGCCCUUAAAAUGUGUAGAGUAAAUAAAGCUUAUGAGAACCAUUAGGAUUUUUGGCAUUAUUUUCAUUCCAGUUAGGCACGUUUUCUCCCCAAAUUAUCAUUAUUUUAUUGUGUAUAUAUUGUGUUAUAUUCUUAAUUUUAACACCAAGUCUUUGUUGUACUGCCUUUGUUUUUUUUUGUUUUUUUUUAUCAGAAAAUUACAGUAAUUUGUACUAUAAAACAUUUAAUAAUGGGGAAAAAAUAAAAUAAAAUUCAGGAAUGCAUUACAAUAAUGUGAAUUUAGGGGAAAUAUGCUUAAUUGGCAUGUAACUAAUGUCAUAAUGCAAAAAUUUUAACGGAUUUGAAAUUUUGGGGGUUAAUAUUAUGUGGACAUGUUUUCAUGAAAUUCACCCCAUAAGCCUUAGGGUUUCUUGUUCUCUUGGUGAUAGUACUUUGCCAUUUGCCACUUUAUAUACUUUGAGGGUCCGUACUGUUUGUGCACUGCUCAGUGUCGAUCCCAUAGGACUUAAAUGUUUGGAUUGUACUACAGGAAUCAUUACCAUAUACAUCAAAUGACUUUGACUAUUUAAAUUCAGUAUUUUGUUAUACUCAAGUAAUUAUAAUUUAAUUUAGUUUGCUAAAUUCAAUUCUGUUAACAAUUUGUUUUAAAUUGUCUUGAUUAAAAUUAGAUUGGCUUCUUCCUGGCACAGCAAAAUAAUCUGCUGCAGAAUGCAGUCCAGUGCCAAUAGUAUGAAGUUGGGAAGACAUGCGGAGCCAAGUGAUACACUAGUUUUAUAUCAGUUAAGAGGGUUCAUAAGUUUUGGGCACACUGCACACUACAUGCAUAUAGUUUGUGAAAGCACUUUAAAUUCAGUGAAGUUGACUGCAUUCAAACUGCAUCUGUGUGGUGUGUGUUGGUCACAUGUUGCUGUGUAAGCCAUUGUGCUUUGUGCUGUACUGUGGAGAUACUCUUUUGCCUUCACACAAUCAGUAUCGUCUCUUCAGCAUUUCUUAUUACCAUUAUUGUUGAGAUUUUGUGUGUAUGUGAGAAGAUUUGCACAUGCAAAUGUUGUGCCUAUGUUAAUAUGUGAAUAAAUCUGCCCUGUUUUAUAA